CAACACACUAACAACACUGUGGUGAAUCAAUCGAUCAUGAUGAGAUUUUUGAACUGUCCGCAAAAUUGUGAAAAAAAAACUGUGAGCAGCCAAAAUCAAAAAAAAAAAUUCAUUUGAUGAGUAUCAACUGUUAAGCAAUAGUGUUCAAGGGAAAGAACUAUCACCACAAUGGACGUUACAGAAGUGAUAAACAUAACCAAACCAAGCAGGUCCAGAGGGUACGAAGACGAAGAUGAUGACUCAGACAUAGAAAUGUUAGGAAACAACCAUAACGAUGGAGAAUUCACUAAUAAUAAUUCAUCGAUUGUUACACCUGGAGAAUUAAUCACUGAAGAUCCAAUAUGGAUGAAAGGUCAUGGGACAUAUUUCAUAGAAGACAAGACAUAUUCCAGUGUGGCAGGGAAUGUAUCUCGUGUUAAUCGAUUAUUGAGUGUGAUACCGAUUCGAGGAAGGUAUCAACCUGAAACUGGGGAUCAUAUUGUGGGUAGGAUUACUGAGGUUGGAAAUAAACGAUGGAAAGUUGAUAUUGGAGCUAAACAAGAUGCUGUAUUGAUGUUAGGAUCAGUUAAUUUACCAGGAGGGAUCUUAAGAAGGAAGAGUGAGACUGAUGAAUUACAAAUGAGGAAUUUUUUAAAGGAAGGUGAUCUUUUAAAUGCUGAAGUUCAAACUAUUUUUAAUAAUGGUAUUGCUUCAUUACAUACUAGAUCAUUAAAAUAUGGGAAAUUAAGAAAUGGAAUGUUUUUAAAAGUGCCCUCAUCAUUAAUUAUCAAAUCAAAGAAUCAUGCCUUUGAUUUACCCGGUAAUAUAAGUUGUGUCCUUGGAGUUAAUGGAUAUAUUUGGUUAUAUAAAACCAACCUCAAUAAUCAAAACAAUAAUACUACUAACAUUAAUAUUCAUAAUAAUGGUGCAUCACCUGCUAUAACAAGAUUAGAAGAAGAAAGUUCAUGGGAAAUCUAUAGUGAUAAGAAUGAUAGUAAUAUAACCAAUGCUAUUCGAUCUAAUAUAACUCGAUAUUAUAAUAUCAUUAAAGCAUUAAGUUUUUGUGAAUUAGGUAUUACAGAACCAAGAAUCAUUAUGGGGUAUGAAUCAAGUUUAUCAUAUAUGAAUGUUGGUAGUUUGAUUGAUAAAGAUUCGAUGGAGACUAUAUGUCAAGAGAUCAUUAAUAAUGAAAAGAUGAGAGGUUAAUAGAGAAUACAUACGUACAUAGAUACAUAA